GGUUCGUCUUCUUCCUCAUCCGAUCCUUGCCAUUAUAUUCCUAUUCACAGUUUGGAUAAUAUCCAUUUUUUGCGGCCUCUUGCUGUCCUCUUCGUCUCUUUUCUCUACCCCUCACUGAAGCACAGAACGAACGACGAAAUAAAACCUAAAAAGUGUGAUCGUUAGCGUCUUUCAUAGCACAAGUUUAUGCAUUUCAUCCUUUUUGGGUUCUCAGAUUGGCGAUCGGUGAAGUUCUCAACAGUUUUGGCAGCAGACUAUGUUGGAUUUGGUGGCGUACUCUCAUGGCCCUAAGGGAUAUGUUGUUUUUACUCAAACAAGUGCACUCCCAGCUAGAUUUUGUGGACCUCGUUUUUGUAGGCAUUAUUCAAAAGCCGUGUUUUGUCAUAAUGGACUGCACCAUUUAUCAUCACUUUCUGUGUACUGCAAGACUCAUAAAUCGCAUAUAACAAGUGAUGCAUACAAAAGUAGGCAAAUAUUCAAUGGAAAAAGAUAUUACUUCUUCAAGCACGUGCCGUCUCAAAGCUGUUACUGUAUUGGUUGUUCCAGCGUUCAAGAUUAUGAGAGCCAGUCCUAUUCUUGGCUUCUUCUUUGCUGGAGUUGUGCUCAAUCAACUUGGCCUCAUCAGAAAUAUCACCGAUGUGAAAGUCUUGUCUGAAUGGGGGAUUCUAUUUUUGCUGUUUGAGAUGGGUUUGGAACUUUCACUUGCACGGUUGAAAGCUUUGGCAAAGUUUGCAUUUGGGAUGGGAUUGUCUCAGGUUAUAUUGUGCACUCUUGCUUUUUCUGCAUUUGAACUUCCCCCUAAUGCUGCCAUUGGGACGAGGAUUAUGGAAUUUCUUUUUCGCUCAAGACCUGAUCUGGUCAACAUCAGAAGUAUAGAUGAGGCUAUUGUAAUUGGUGCAGCUCUAUCAUUGUCUUCCUCUGCUUUUGUUCUGCAGAUUCUUGCAGAGAGGGGUGAACUUCCAACCAGAUUUGGAUCAGCUACUUUGGGGAUACUUCUACUUCAGGACAUAGCUGUAGUACCUCUGCUAGUGGUACUACCCGUUCUAGAGAGUCAGAAUUUGGUGGAAGAAAGCAUUUGGCCAAUGCUUGCUCAAGAAAGUUUGAAAGCUCUAGGCGGACUUGGUUUGCUCUCUCUAAGUGGAAAAUACAUCUUGAGGCGAGUUUUUGAGAUCGUUGCAGAAACAAGAAGCUCAGAAGCAUUUGUUGCCCUUUGUCUUUUAACAGUUGCUGGGACAUCACUUUUAACUCAGCAAUUGGGCUUCAGUGAUACGCUUGGAGCAUUCCUGGCCGGGGCAUUAUUAGCAGAAACAAACUUCCGUACUCAGAUUGAAGCUGAUAUAAGACCAUUUAAAGGAUUACUUCUUGGGCUAUUUUUUGUGACCACAGGAACUUCUAUUGAUAUGCAGCUUCUUUUCCGAGAAUGGCCAAAUGUUCUUUCGUUGUUGGCAGGCCUGAUUGUUAUAAAGACACUUAUUAUAACUGCAAUAGGCCCUCGAGUAGGGCUUACCCUACAAGAGAGCAUACGGAUUGGAUUCCUUCUCUCUCAGGGCGGCGAAUUUGGAUUUGUGGUAUUUUCAUUAGCAAACAGGCUUGGUGUGCUCCCACUUGAGCUGAACAAGCUUCUUAUAAUCGUUGUUGUGCUCUCCAUGGCUUUGACACCCUUACUCAAUGAAAUUGGACGAAAUGCGGCUAAUCUUAUUGAUGAGACCUUUGAUGGUGAUGAUGAUGUAAGUCAUUUCUUCUUAAUCUACUUUUAUCAAACAAUACUUCUUAAGGGGACAAGGUUUAUUCUUAUUACUCCCUACGUCCCCCAAAAUCAGUCCUAUUUGAAAACUUAUUUUUGUCCCAAAAGAGUGUCAUUUUCAACAAAAGAAGCUAAUUUUCAUUAAACUUAGAGGAUGGGUGGGUGG